GAGAGGAAGAGGGCUGAAAAAGAGAGGUGGAGAUCAGAGAGAGAGAGAGAGAGAGAGAGAGAGAGAGGAAUGGACACAGAGAGACAGAGGCUAGUAGCAGGAGACCGGCAUUAUGAUGAGUGUUUACUGCACUGUUUUGAGAGCCAAUGAUCUGCUCUUGUGUGAGUCAUGGAGAUUAUUAAGACUGGUGGCAGCAUGCAGCACAGAGCAUCGGCAGAACUCCCUCACGCUCCUCACACUGACAACAGGAGACGUACAGCAGGCAGAUGCGUGACUGUUUGAUCUGUGAAAAAGCGACCAGCGGGUCACACGCAUUGGCACAAAGGAGAAGCUGACAAAUGACUGUCACCAUCAUGAGGCUGGUGUGGAAGUCCCUGGACAAGAUGAGGUGUUUCCGUAAACGCUCCACCAUCCCAUUCCUGGGGGUCCUGAUCACCUGUCUCCUCUUCUUCAAUCUCUACAUGGAGGAUGGAUACAUGAUGGAGGCGGGUAAAAGACCGCUGAGAGAGACAUCAAUGCAUCCUUCAAACACUGAGAGAUAUGUUCACACCUUCAGAGACCUCACUAAUUUCUCUGGAACCAUAAACGUCACAUAUCGUUACCUCGCUGGGAACCCACUGCCCCGAAAGAAAUAUCUAACCAUUGGAUUGUCAUCCGUGAAAAGAAAAAGAGGGAAUUACCUCAUGGAGACGAUCAAAUCAAUUUUUGACCAGUCCAGUUAUGAGGAGCUGAAAGAGAUUGUGGUGGUGGUCCACCUGGCAGACUUUGACCUGGCCUGGUGUGAAAACCUGGUGCAGGACAUCUCCAGGAAGUUUGCCCACCACAUCAUCGCUGGGCAUCUCCUGGUGAUCCAUGCCCCUGAGGAGUACUAUCCAUCACUGGAUGGGCUAAAAAGGAACUACAAUGACCCAGAGGACAGGGUACGAUUCCGCUCCAAGCAGAACGUGGACUACGCCUUUCUCCUCAACUUCUGCACCAACCUCUCUGAUUUCUACAUGAUGCUGGAGGAUGAUGUGCGCUGCUCACGGAACUUUCUGACAUCCCUGAAGAAGGUGGUCACCUCCAGGGAAGGCUCCUACUGGGUGAUGCUGGAGUUCUCCAAGCUUGGCUACAUAGGGAAGCUCUACCACUCAAGAGACCUGCCACGCCUGGCCCACUUCCUGCUCAUGUUCUACCAGGAGAUGCCCUGUGACUGGCUCCUCAUUCACUUCCGGGACCUGCUUGCCCAGAAAGAUGUGAUCCGCUUCAAGCCCUCCUUGUUCCAGCACAUGGGCUACUACUCCUCAUAUAAAGGGGCAGAGAACAAGUUGAAGGAUGAUGACUUUGAAGAAGACUCCAUUGAUAUCCCUGACAACCCGCCUGCUAGCCUGUACACAAACAUUCAUGUAUUUGAAAACUAUGACGCCACCAAGGCUUAUAGCAGCGUUGACGAAUACUUUUGGGGGAAACCCCCUUCUACCGGAGACUUCUUUGUCAUUAUCUUACACGAACCAACUCAAAUCAGCAAGAUAAAAAUCGUGACAGGAACGGACGAUCGUCAGAACGAUAUCCUACACCAUGGAGCUCUGGAAGUAGGAGAGAAGCUGGUGGAGACAAAGAGAGGAAGGCAGUGUUCUUCCUACAUCACCUUAGGGGAGUUUAAAUAUGGCAACAUUGAGGUUCAAGAUGUGGACCACAAGAUUGCCUUUGACAUUGAGUGUGUUCGUAUUGUGGUGACUGCCAGUCAGAAAGAAUGGCUGAUCAUUAGGAGUAUAAGUCUGUGGACUACACAACCUCCCAGUCAAUGGUACACCAAGGGUCCAUACCAUUUAGACUAAAGUUUUUUAUUAAUGUGCCUAUUCAUUUAUAUUGAUUAUAUGUUGGAUGCUCUAUGGUUUAUUUUAUUAUCCAUUAUAUUUGACAUACAGUACAUUUUUGAGGAUUUGAAAGUUAAUUGGGUUGUCAACGUUGUAUUUUUGUUAUAAAAUAAAAUGCAGACAAAUGUG